CAAAUCCUACCGACUCCGGCCGUCAGAGAAGAUUUUUCUGAGAGGAAGGUUUCAUGUUUUCGACAAAAUCAUAGUUUGUACAACAACACCUACUGAAAAUAUUGGUGGAUGUAACCAUGGCUUCGGCUACAGUUGAGCAAAAUUCUGGCAACCAUGCCAAUUCGACAGAUGGAAAGGCAGGAGAUCUAGCUGGGUGGAAAGCAAAACUAAAUCUGCCUCCUAAGGACCACAGAGUUAAAACCAGUGAUGUGACAAACACCAAAGGAAAUGAGUUUGAGGACUUUUGUUUGAAGCGAGAACUUCUGAUGGGGAUAUUUGAAAAGGGGUGGGAGAAACCCUCCCCAAUCCAGGAAGCCAGCAUUCCUAUUGCAUUAACAGGAAGGGAUGUUCUAGCUCGUGCUAAAAAUGGCACUGGAAAAACUGGAGCCUACACUAUUCCAAUUCUUGAGAAGGCAGACCCAAGCCGAGAUGAAGUUCAGUCUUUAGUUAUUGUGCCAACCAGAGAAUUAGCCCUCCAAACCAGUCAGAUCUGUAUUGAGCUCAGUAAACACUUAGGACUCAAAGUAAUGGUAACAACAGGGGGGACUAAUCUGAAGGAUGAUAUCAUGAGGCUCUAUGAACCAGUACAUGUAAUCAUUGCAACCCCUGGCAGAAUCCUGGACCUAAUGAAUAAAAAUCUAGUCAAAAUCAGUAAAUGUGGCAUGCUGGUCCUUGAUGAGGCUGAUAAACUGCUGUCUCAAGAUUUCAAAGGAAUGCUGGAUCACAUCAUCGCACAUCUGCCUCCAGAUCGACAGAUUCUCCUGUAUUCUGCUACGUUUCCUUUAACUGUUGAACAAUUUAUGAGGAAGCAUCUCAAUAAUCCGUACGAGAUCAACUUGAUGGAUGAAUUAACUCUGAAGGGAGUGACCCAGUAUUAUGCCUUUGUCCAGGAAAAACAGAAAGUCCACUGUCUCAAUACUUUAUUCUCAAAGUUGCAAAUCAACCAGUCCAUUAUUUUCUGUAACUCCACACAAAGAGUUGAACUCCUGGCUAAGAAGAUUACAGAGCUUGGCUACUCGUGUUUUUAUAUCCAUGCCAAGAUGAACCAGCAGCACAGGAACCGAGUAUUCCAUGACUUCAGACAGGGGCUGUGUAGGAACUUAGUGUGUUCAGAUCUGUUCACGAGAGGUAUAGAUAUCCAGGCAGUAAAUGUUGUUAUCAACUUUGACUUCCCAAAACAUGCUGAGACAUAUCUCCACAGAAUUGGUCGAUCAGGGCGAUUUGGACACCUGGGGGUGGCCAUUAAUCUCAUUACUUAUGAUGACAGGUUUGCCUUGCACAAGAUUGAAAGUGAACUCGGAACAGAGAUCAAGCCUAUUCCCAAAAACAUAGACAAGUCCCUUUAUGUGGCAGAAUUUCAUAUGGUGAAUGAAGAGGAGGGAGAUCAAAGUUCACAACAAAGAGGAGCCCGUUAAAAUGGGUCACCAUUGUCGUCAUCGCAUUGUUUCAUUUUUGUGUCACAACAUGCUGAAAUAAUUUGUAUUCUUGAAAAACUUUCAUUGGAAAGCCUUGAGGAACAACAUAUCAACCAAAACAUCAGCAUGUGUCUUCAUCUCUCAUUAUAUAUGGCAUUAUUUCUUGGAGGAAGGGGUUUGGCAGGGGGAGGUAACCAGUGCUAUUGUUUCACCAGAUUUUGUCACAAUUUUAUUAGAAUUAAGACAGUUUGGUGAUAAGCGAAAUGUAGAUUUAGGUCAAUGAAUUGUAAAUUUGUAAAUGUUGAGGAAAGGGAGAGAGCAAAGAUUGAUGCUGGAUAAAAGAAAAAAAAAGCUUUAUUUUAAAUAUAGCUCAAGUUAUUUAUGAGUUUAAGGUGUACUAAGUUGGAUGACAUAAGAUGAAAUUAGAAAAAUGCACCAAUUGAGUUUAAGAACAAUGUCAUUACAAAAAACGCAGUCUAAAGAUUGUAUAUGGCAUAGUGCCCUUUAUGACACAGUGUCCUUUACCAAAGCCUGAAGAUUGUAUGGGAUAUAGUACCCUUCUUUUUAUGACAAGGGUUGAAUUUAUUUUAGAAAGUGUGUAUUGAAAGCAGUCCUAUACCUUCAUAAAUUGAGUUUUAUCCGUCAUCAAUCUUGUGGUCUCUUCCCUGCUAGAGUAAUAUAUUUUUGGUGCAGAUAAAUGUUAAACAAAACUGUGGAGUCUGCCUAAGAAUCAGCUAUUUAUUUCUGUUGAUCUCAGUGUGGAUGGAAGCUUGUAUCUGUCACAUGGUUUUUUUUGUAUUCCAUUGUUGUCAUCAGGUGAUAUGCACUCAAAUUGAGAGACUAAUAUUAUUUUUAAAAUGUAACUGUCAACACCGUACAUAAUAGGAUCUGGAGGAACACAAUGCUUAUUAAGAAGUAAUUUUUGUUGGAAAUUAAGCCAUUUGGAUAUUUAAGCAAUGUUUAUUUGGAUAUUUAAGCAAUGUGUAUAAUUUGGAUAUUGCAAUGUGUAUUUGAGGUCAAGUGACUGUUCCUCAGUUUCCAUAGUAAAUUGGUCAGAGUUUCUGAAUGACACAAGGAAGUGAAUGCAUGAUUUGAUGAACUUGAAGACCUAAUGACAAUCCCAUGUCAACCAGCUGUUAUGGAUGUAAGCUUCCUUCUUGAACAUUUGUACAUUAUUUAUAUUCACUGUCAUCUUUACUGUUGUGUCACAAAGUGACAAUACAAAGUCGUACCUUCCCUAAAUCAAAAGCAGCCUUCUCCUCUUAGCAGUAUUUCACUUGUACAGAUUUCCCUCCAAUUGUGUAUAGAAUUAAGGUGUGACGGGGUAGGGGAAAUCCCCCGCCCCCCAUAAAAUUACUGGUCUUCUGAUCUGUGUAAAUAACAAUGAGCUUGGUUCCUGGAGAACUAAGCCACAAAGAGUAGUAUGUUCUCAAAAGUGUUUCUAGGAGUGAAUGCUGGUCAAGGUUGUAAGUGUAAGCUAGUCAAAUUUUAUAUCUGAAAUCCACUGUCACCACAAAUCAACUUUAUAUAUCUUGUAAUAGGGAUGUGCAAUUUAUUUUCAUUGUAAAAAGUGUGCUCAUACAGCAAAGGUGUUUUCUGAAAUGUCAAAAUAGCAAAAACCAAACCAAAAAAAAAGGAGAGUAAAGGCACGACAAAUAAAGAUGAGCCCAUUGGAGUAGCUGAAGCCUUGAUGUAUGAGCACACUUAGAACCAGCAGUGUGAUGCCUUUCUAUUUGACCAGCAGUAAGACAAUAUCUGUAUGGGAAAGGCUACCCAGCCAAAUCUGUCAGUGUAGAAAUCUUGUUUUGACUGGGUAUGUUUCAUAUACUAGAUAAUAAGGGAUACCAGACAAGAACCAUCAGGAGUACCAGUUUAUUCUGUAUCAGAUGAUCUCAGGGUUUAACUGUUAGCUGUCGACAACAAACGAAUAUUUGCUGUAUGUUAGCUACUGUAUGUGUGUCUGUGUGUGAGGAAUAUGUGUGAUUUUGAACAAUUGUGCCUUAAACCUUUCUCUGAUGAGGAAGAUACGAGAGAGAUACCAAACCUGGGGAAAUAGGACGUGCCGUGACAACAAAUCAGAUAAAAAAUUUGACAUGUUUGUACACAGUAGUGAAAUAAUAGUGACAACAAAACAACAGUGCUUAAACUGAGAGUGAAAACUUUAAAAUAUAUUUCUGGAGUUGAUGCAUGCGGAAAACUUCAAUUUGAGAAUUAAUGGAAAGUGUCUAAUUCAACACAUUCGUUCUACAGUACACACUGAACAAAAAGGACUCUGACAACAAAAUAGGAAGAAAUUGACUUCUGAAAUAUUUUGUGAGUGAGAUUGUGUUUCAGAGAAUUGUGUGACAAGGCAAGCAUCUGAUCCAUUAGAACCUCUACCAGACAGGGACUGGUCAAUUAAGGCAGCUUUCUAAAUAUUGCCAGAGAUUUCAGUCUCCGUGAACACAGAGGAAAACAAUCAGCCUCCGAGCUGACCUGUUAUGCCAAAAGACUUUGUUUUCUUUUUUUUUUUCUUUAUUUUGUUGACUGUGCUAUAUUGAGUUGUUCCCCUUUGUGUGUCUGUUAAUGUGUUCGUAAUAUGUGCUAUUUGGUUUAUUGGGGGGUAAAUGAAAGAGAAAUUUGUUCAUUUGUUUUCAAUAAUUUUGAGGCAUUUUUUAGACAGUCGUAGGAAAAAUACAAGUACACAUUGACAUAUUUUCUAUAUUUUUAGUCGGAAAAUUUUUUGAUAAAACGAUUUUCUUUUUUAGAUGUAAAAUUCUGAAGAUAUUCAAGGGAGUUAACAUUUUCUUAGCUGCAGUUGGGUCAUAUAUUGUAAGAAGGCUAUGAUAUGCUACAUUCCUUCAAUUUUACACUGACCAAAUUUCUUUUUUUCUUUGACAAAGAUGAUAUUGCAAUGUUUAUUUAUAUAAAACUAUUUUUGUGACCAUUGCCAAUUUUGGAAACCAGUAUAAGGGUCUUUUUAAAUAAAUGACAAGUAUUAGACCCCAACAAUGAUUUUGGCUUUGGGUAUUGGGCCCCCAUAAUGAAGUAAAGUUAGCUUUGGGUAUUGAGCCCCCGUAAUGAAGUAAAAAUUGCUUUGGGUAUAGGGACCCCCAUAAUGAAGUAGCAUUGGCUUUGUGUAUUGGGCCCCCACAAUGAAAUAAUGUUGGCUUUGGAUAUUGGGACCCCAUAAUGAAGUAAAGUUAGGUUUGGAUAUUGGGCCCUCAUAAUUAAGUAAAGAUUGCUUUAGGUAUUAGACAAGUUGUUGAUAAUUUAGUAUGUUUGUAUGAGCAAUGUUCUUGUUUUGAUUGAAAAAUGUUUUUGGCAAGCAAAGGUAUGAAAACAAGAACAAAGAAUGUAGGUGGAAAUUUUUCCUGGGAUUUCUACCUGAUGGAGAUUGUCAAAAUUGAUUUUAAGUGCAUAGAAUAAAUUGAAAUUAGAGAGGUGAGUGAAUAAAUCGGAUUGAUUCCCAGGAAUAAAUAAACUCUUAAUAAGUAGGUUUUAAAUUUUAAAAUAUGGGACAAAGAAAAAAAACUUGAAGAAGGACAUAUUCAGAACUGAGCAAAAUUUUGGUCUCACUAAAAUUUAUGGGUAGGGAAUUUUGAGCUGGGAAAGGAGUAUUAACAUUAUUAAAUUGGAUGCAAAAUUUGGAUAGGGAGAAAAUAUACCAAUAAUAUUUUUGGCUCUGAUUUUUAUUUGAUAUUCGUUAUAGGAUACAUUGAAAAUUUUACAUUUAAAAUGUCCCACUUUUGCUCAGACCUGUCCUUCAAAACACAAGGGGGCAGAUGAAGUAAAUGACGUGUGACAAACACUUUGGCAUCCUGUUGGUAAUACUCAGUUAUAUACCUGUAUCAUGCUUCAUUUUAAAUUUUUUAAGGUACAAGUAUUUAACAAUGUUUAACCUGUUUCUUUUGGCCAUUGAAGGAUUAACAGAAAAUAAGUAUUGCAAAUGAAAAACCUUAAAGCAGUGUUUUCAAAUUUAAUGAAUCUGCAUGGUACAUUGUUCAGUAAUUUCAAAGAGAAAUAGCUAAAAAAUAAAAUCUGAAAUCAAAGAA